AUGAAAUUUGAUCAAUUACCAAAUGAAAUAUUAAUUGAAUGUUUUGAAUAUCUUAAUACAUUUGAUAUAUUUUAUUCAUUUUAUCGAUUAAAUUAUCGAUUUAAUAAACUUAUUCGAAAUAUUUUAUUAAACUUAAAUUUGCCAGAAAAAAAUCAAAGUUUAUUUCGAGAAUUAUUCUAUAAAUUAACAAUUAAUUCACAACUUCGAAAUCAAAUUAUUUCAUUAAAAAUAUCAAAAACAUGGAAACAAUUGAGUUCAUUUUUUUCAUCUUUUUCAUUAACCGAUUUCUCUCAAUUACAACUGCUAACAUUAAUUGAUCUUGAUGAUAGAAAUAGUGAAGAAAACAAAUCGAUAUUAUUAUCAUUAUCAAAUUUUUAUAAUGGUUAUCCAAAUGAUCUAAAUUAUGAAACUUGUGAAAUAUUAUCGAAUUUAUUUUUACCGAAAAUUCAAAUGAAAUUCUUUACUAAUCGGAAAAUAAUAUUUAUUACAUCAUUAACAAUUAAAAUUUGUUUUUUCGAUCAUAUAUGCCAAUUAUUUAAAUAUGCACCCAUGCUUAACUAUUUACAUGUUAAUGGUUUCCAUUCUCCUUUGGAUGGAAUAAAUGAAAUAAAUCAUAUAUCAACAUGUGCUUUUUAUUUAAAACAAUUUAUUGUUGAUUAUUCAGAAGAAGUUGAUUUUGAAAUAUUUGAAUUCUUAUUAAAACAAACACCAAACUUAGAAAUAUUAACAACAAAACAUAGUGAUGGAAUAGAUAUGACCGAUGACAAAGGUUGGCAAAAUUUAAUUCAAUCAUCAUUACAUCAUUUAAAGAUAUUCAAAUUUGAAUUUAUUGUUUCGACUAAACAGAAUAUUAGUUUAGAUAAAUUUCAAAAUGAUUUUUGGUCUAAAGAUCACCAUUGGGAUAUUAUUUGUGUAGUUAACCCAAUCAAUACAAGGUUUUUUACUAUACCAUAUCAAAAUAAUAAAUUUGAAUUAAAUUUAAAAACAAAAAUAUUUGGUAUUACAUUAAUCAAUAAAUCAAAAGUAUUUCGAUAUGUUACAGAGUUAUAUAUUGAUUUUUUAAAUGAAAAUUUUCAUGAUUAUUAUUUUGAAAAUGUUGAAUCAUUAAAAAUAUAUCAAACAUCAGAUUAUAUAGAAAAAUUUUACAUCAAUCAAAAACAAAAGGAGAAUUUUUUUGAAUCACUUCCAGUUAUCAUAAAUUUAUCUAAUCUUAAACAUUUAGAUAUUACACGUAUCGAAAAUAUAAUAUCAUCAACUGAUUUAUUAAAUAUAUUGAAAAAAGCACGAAAAUUAUCAUCAUUAGAAAUUAACACAUCUGUUUUAAUGUCACUACUUAUUAAUGAUGAAUUAUGUCAAUAUUUAAAUGAAAUGAUUAAAAUAUUAAUUAUUGAUCAACAUUAUGAUGAUCAAUUUAAUGAAUUUAAUGACUUGAAUAAGUUUUGUCAGGUAUUUUCGAAUAUCGAACAACUUCAAUGUGCUAUUGGUCACACUUCUACUUUUCUCUACAUUAUAAAUCAUAUGACAAAAUUAAACGAUCUCAGAAUUAGAUUAUUCGAUGAUUUUAAUCAAAAUUCAUUGAUGUCGUUGAAAACGAUGGCAUUAAACUUAAAUAUAAACUGUACUUUUGUAUAA